UAAAAACACUGUAGAUUUCCAUUUAGUGUGGAUAAUUGUUCAAAUCAGUCAUACUGCGAAUAACUAUUACAGUAUGUAUACCUUUCUAUUAGUUUCAUUGCAUAUUUUGAUACUCGACGCUAUCCAAAUCGUGGAAAAUAACAUGGAAACGUUAGCCAUGUCGAUUUAAAAAUGUUAUCAGCUGUUGAUAUGGAUACAGCUAUCAAAGUGGCGGACUAUUUAAGCCAACUCUUCAUAGUAUCUUAUAUGUGUUAAAAAUGUUGCUCAGGUGGUACAUUAUCUUAGGAGUAUUGGCUGCUUUUACAAUUGCAGCUGAUCAUACCCUCUUCAAGACUUGUGAGAAAGUCGGCGUUUGCCAACGAUUGAGGAACACUACUGCUAAUGAACUAUUUAAAAUAGAAAACUUGAAACCAACAACGGCAGGCAAUGUCACUAAUACAUGGCAGCUUAGCAGAGGAACGGAUAAGUUCACGCUUACAAUAGAACUGUUAAAUAACGCUAAAGUGCGGUUUCAACUGAAAGAAGAAGGUAGCAAAAGAUAUGAAUUGAAAGAUGUGUUAGAUGAAAAUCAACCACAACCAAUCAAGUAAGAUACGUACAAAACGUGCUCCUUUAGUUAAAAGGGUUUGAAUGUUUAAACAUUUUAUUUCUGUGCUAAGGUAACCUUAAAAAAUGAGUCAGCGAAUAAAAGGUCAAUAUCUAUGGCACUCUGGUUCCAUGAUACACUUUUAUUGCACUCACAAUAAUACAGAGUGAUUCAAAAAGUAUUGGCAGUAUGUAUAAAGCAUCAGUAAAGUAAAAAGUUCCUAGAAACAAACAAUCUAAAAUGUUACCAAGAUACGAGAGGUGUUGUAAUUUUCUUCGCCACUGAUUAGAGAUGGAACAUGGGUAUUUGUCUUUUGAUAAUAUCGGGCUGCUCUUCAGAGUAUUUUUAAAUUAAAAUUAAUAUGAUCUCGGAUUAUACCUGAAUUAAAAGAGAUAAACUUCAUAUCAAAUUAAGCACCAAAUGUCAGUGGCCUAGGAAGUAUUCCUCUUUCCCCUUUUGUAUUGGUCAAACUAUACGUUUUUGCACCACCGGAGUACCUUGAGCAACAAUGUAUACAAGUCACUGCCCUAAACCACUUCGGUGAUAUAAUGUUUCCUCGAUUUCGAAACUGUAACUUUAACACCCAGUGUCCCGCUAAGUGGACAUUUCAGGAUCCACGAAUGUACUUUAAUAAUAAUAAUAAUAAUAAUAAUAAUCCAGCUUUAUUUAUACAAAGUAUAAAAAGGCGAAGUGUCGCUAAAAAGCGUUUUUCAACUUAACCCCCCCCUUAUGCCAUUGUCACUGGUUUUUGAAUUACGCUGUAUAUGUUAAUAAAUAUGCUGCAAUUUUUGAAGGAACCUUCUGCGCAUUUCUGGCGUAAAGAACUGUACCUCUCUCGAAAUAUUUGUUGUUAUACUAUUGCAGAGUUAAAGUUGAACCUUCCCAAGAUGAAAAAAAAACAACAAUAACACCUGAUCCAUCUACCAAAGAACAACACUCAAUUGUCAUUUAUAAAGAACCUUUGAAGGUGGCAUUUUUGUAUAAUGAGAAAGAACUGGUGGUUCUGGAUAGUACAAAUUUGGUCAUGGAAUACAAGAACGGAAAAUUUGACGAAAAAGAUGUAGAAAUCAAGGAUAUUGGAUUCAAUGUGAUAUUCAGCGAUGCCUUGAAGUUGUAUGGUCUACACCACCACGCUUAUAAUUUGGAAUUGCCAGAUACAAGCGAUAUGGAGCCCUUCAGAUUACGGAAUUCUGAUACUGCAAACUUUGAAGCUAAUUCGCCCAUGGCACUUUACGGAUCUGUACCAGUUAUUUAUGGCCAUUCAAACAGUUCGACCACAGGGAUAUUUCUUCACAACGCUGCUGAACAAUGGGUAGACAUUAGAUACACAAAGGAUGGUUCUCCAUCGGCUCAUUUUAUGGUCGACAGUGGAAGUUUCGAUCUUUUUGUGAUGUUAGGACCGAAUAUUGAAAACGUCGUCCAACAAUUCACCGACCUUACUGGUAAAGCGCAAAUGCCCCAGUUAUGGACGCUGGGAUACCAUCAAUGUCGUUGGUCGUAUUUUACUAGAGAAGAGGUUUUAGGUGUCGUCAAAAAUAUGAAUGAAGGAGGUUUUCCGUUAGACGCAAUAUGGCUAGAUAUUGACUACACCGACGGAAAGAAGUAUUUCACUUGGUCUGAUAAAUUCACUGGUACCGAUGGAAAAGGUGUAGAAACGAUGCUUGAGACUCUAAAAGGCAAGAACAAAAAGCUAGUGACUAUUAUUGAUCCUCACAUAAAGGUAGAUGAGAAAUACCCCGUAUAUAAGGAAGGAAAAGAUGGAAACUAUUUCGUCAAGGAAAAAGAUGGAAAAAAGGAUUUCGUAGGUGAAUGUUGGCCUGGCAAUUCCAGCUAUGUAGAUUUUUUGAAUCCAGCUGCAAGAACAUACUACGCGAAUCAUUAUUCUGACCGAGAAUUUCAUCAAGGGUAUCCUGAAGUUUUGGCGGGCAUAUGGAACGACAUGAAUGAACCAUCUGUAUUUGAUCCCCAUCAUGAGUGGACAAUGCCUUUCGAUAACAAACACAAAUCAACAAAUGAUGGAGAAGCUGAGAUUGAACAUAGAGAUAUCCAUAACAUCUACGGUUUUUUGCAUACGAUGUCCACUCACGAAGGACUGAUGAAGAGGGACAAUAAUGCAACACGUCCCUUCAUUUUGACCAGAUCACACUUUGCUGGCUCUCAGAGAUACGCUGCCAUGUGGACCGGUGACAAUACUCCAGAUUGGGACCAUCUAAAAAAUAGCUAUUCCGAAUGUAUGUUAUCUAACUUAGUUGGACUCGUCUUCUGCGGUGCUGACAUUCCUGGGUUUUUCAAAACAGUCCCCAAACCAACGGACCAAUUCGUAUACAGGGCAUACCAGGCUGGCAUAUGGUUGCCGUUCUUCAGAGGUCAUGCUAGUAACGAUACAGAGUCUAGAGAACCUUACAGCUAUGGCGGAAAACCACGAGAUUUGAUUCGAAAUGCGAUUAAAAUGAGAUACAGACAUAUUCCCACGUGGUACCAACUGUUCUAUGAACAUACUCAGACUGGAGCACCCGUGAUCAGGCCACUUUUUUAUGAGUUUCCGGGAGAAAUCGAACACAACGACCAUAUUAUGAUAGGAAGAGGUAUAUUAGCAAGACCUGUGUUCGAUGAGGACGUCAAAGAAGUAACGGUGCACUUACCAGGAAAAGAUGAGAAAUGGUACAGAAUCGAUGGAAAUAGUGUUCAGGCUUAUAAUGGAGAUCAAGAAGUCACGAUUAAUGUGGAAAAGGGCGAGUCCCCAGCAUUUUACAGAGGCGGCAGCAUCAUAGUAACAAGAGAUCGAGACGUCAUGUCCACAGAAGACGGUAAACGUCUUCCAGUGACGGUUUAUGUCAAUCUGAAUAAGGACUUGAAAGCAACUGGCAAACUUUAUAACGACGAUGGAGUCAGCUUUGAAUACAAAAACAACAAAAAGCUGUAUGUCAAAUUAUCAUUUACCGAAGAGCACAUGCUGCAAGUAGAGCCUAUUGGAGAACAGAAGCAUGACGGCCUGGAGGUUGUCAUAGAAAAAAUAGUCGUCAAUGAUUGGAAUCGUACGCAUGUGUCGACCCAUCAUCAGGCUGAUGUAGGCGGUAACUUCCUCAGCCAUAUCAAUAUUAUCCAUGCCUUAAGAAAUAAUGAAAACAAAAUGAUUUACAAGUUGAGACGUUAGAUAGACAUUAAACCUGUAUUAAAGCUGGAU